CCAAUCGGCAUGCUCGGCUCAGGCUCCGCGCUCUGUGAGCAAGCCGAACCGCAGCGAGCGUCCACGCACGCAUGCACGCACGCCCGCAUCUCGUCAGUGAUGGCCUUUGCUGAGCAGCACAGCGCAUAAGGCAAACCCCCACCUUUGCCCCCGCCAUGUACAGCGUGGAGGACCUGCUCAUCUCGCACGGAUACAAGCUGCCCAGGAGCGGCCCGCCGUCGGCCGCUCCGUACGACAAGCGGCCCGCUGAUUGCCAACGUGAGCUCGUGUUGGACAACCGGGCGGGCCGGGUGUCGGCGAUCAACGGCUAUGAGGUGGAACGUGGCGGGGCCUCGGCGGGUGGCAGCGGCUUAUACGGCAGCAGGCCGGGACCCCUCAAGGGUUACAUUGACACAGAGGGCGACAGGAGGAGGAAGGAGGCCUUCAUCGGGAUCCUGGGUGACGUUCAGCCCUUGGGUGAUUCUCUGGCGACGGACAGCGGUUUUUAUGAUGUCCCAAGUUUGACCUACUCUGAGCCGUUAAGCCACGACGAGAGGGAUAUUUCGUACUGGAGGAGACGAGGCCAAGACUUCAGUAUUCUGCUGGAUUAUGCUGAUGGCAGGGAACUGAGGGCCUCUGCAGGGGCAUGGAGACCACAGGCCCUCAUAGCGGCCGAGGAACUCAGGGCAGAGCGGCAAGCGCAGCAGCUUUGGGAGGAAAUUUCUUGGUUGCGGGACCAAGAUGCUCCUGGUCAGCUGAGAGUGACUGGGGAGCGAAAGUGUCAGAGCCUCGGUACCGAGGAGUGGAGGCCCGCUGUGGGUCUGGGCAGGCAGUUAUCAGAAGGGGAUGGGGAAAGGUGGGCUUUGGAACAGUGUCGACUAAGGACACCCGAAGGUUUUUUUCACCCGAGAACGAAAGCCAAGUCUCAGUCUCUCCCAAGAGUUUUGUCGCCAGACAGAUCAAAUGGCAGAGAGCUGAUUCCAUCCAGACCAAGCCUACCGGACAGACCGCCGAGGCUAAGCAGCACGCUUUUCUCUGGGCCCUAUAGUCGGUAUAUCUAUAGUGGCGCUAUUGGUAGAGACCGGUGGGGCAGAAAUGCUGGGCAAAGCGGACAUGUUGCACUUUUACCAAAGCCCAGGUUCAGUAGGCCAUUAAAGCCACCAUCGUAUGAGAUUCACCAGCAGAUUAGGAGUAGCGCAGAAAUGCUAGCUAUAGACCAGGGUCUCAAGCUCAAAGACAGGCCUAUAUUUUAUUCAAGGGGCGGGGAACUCCGACAUGACUAUUUUGCACAACACUCACUCUCUGGAAUGGAGCCCCCCGGCUACAUCCCGCCCCCGUCUUAUAAAAGAAUCCCACCUCCAAGAGCUGUGUCUAUCAGUCGUAAUGAAAUGCUAAACUUUCGGUGGAGGUCAGACUCCCUGCAGCCCAGCUCAGACCCUGGGAGGUGGCUAACGAGGCACACGGGUGAUUCGUGGCUAGAACACUGCGGGGAUCGUGGAGUGUCUUAUCGAAAACAGAUACCCUCUGGACAUAAAGAGCAACCAAUUCAAACUCGUCAAGUACCAGUUGAAGACGCAAGAGCGAAUCAAAUCUCAGGAGGGCCCGGCGGAACUUCUCUCACUGACUCAGACAAGAUACGAAACAUAAACAAAGAGAAUCCGUCCGCUAAAAAUUUAGGACAAUCUACAAGUGAUAGUGCCUUUCCUCCCCAACAGGGACAAUCUCUCAACGCUGGUCGUAAGAACACGCUUACUGAAACCGAAAGCAGUGCUAGAUGGGGCAACAGGGGAUUAAAUAAGAAAAGUGACAGUGUAGGUCCUGAACAAAAUCGUAGUCAGUUUUUCCCUUCAUCUAUUCUGGGUAAACCACCACCACCCCCAUGCAAGGCUCCUGACCAGGUUGUCUCUGAAACUCUGGCAGAAGUAAAGAAAGUUGAACAGCCCGACCCGCCAGAGAAAGAUAAGUCCAAGAAUCUCAAAAAAAGACUAAGUGAAACCAUUUUUUGUUUGGUUUCUGUUCCAGUCACCCCGCAGCUCACUGGUACAAUCCGUGAUCAGAACAACAAUAAUGAGAAGUCACCAGACCCAGCUGACAGUCCCAGUGAAAACAAAACAGGCCAUUUAACAAACCAAAGUCUCCAAAGCACAUCAUCAGCUGAAGCCGAGCUGCAAGCGCUAACUGGUAGCAUAGCGAGCAGCAAGACAAGCAGCCGAGCGAGCAGUAAAAUGUUCAAAAAGUUGCCCUGUAGACCCCCUAAAAUAAAUCAUUACAAAGAGCUGAAACUUUCAGGAUCUUGGCCUGCAAACCAGUACCGUGACCAGGAGACGCAAACUAGCCCAGAGGCUGAAAAAUCUGGCCCUGAAAACAAGGAAGCACAAGAAGACUCCAUUCCUGCUGCCACUGACGCUUCUGUAGAUAGUGCCGGUGUAGCUGGCAGUGCCUUUACUUUCCCUAUCAAGGGAGUGAAGAGUCUAAAACUUUCGAGCAACAGCGCCUUCUCACUGACCACCACUUUCUCCAACCAGCUGAACAAGAGCACAGCUCAGCAACCAGCGGUGCCCCCCUCAGGAACUGUGGAGAGCAAACCAGCAGCAAGCAGUGGGCAGGAGAUUUUCAAGGUUCCUGAGUUUCUGCUAAAACCGAUUGUCAGUCAGCGACCGUGGGAUGCUGUCAAAGAGCUGGAAGCAAUUCAAAAAGAAGUCCAGGAUCAACAACAGCAGCAACAACAGGGCAGCAAACAGCCCAGCGUUGACAAAUGCAUCGAGGACCUCAACGAGGCUUACAAAGACAUCCUGGAGCUUGGCGCUGCCAGUAAUAAAGUCCCUGAUGGAUCUGUCGAAAUUCCAGAGCGUAUCAAAAUCCGUUUGACGUCCCAGCCUCUCAACAAGCCCAGUAGCCUUAGGCGCAGUGCAGUCAGCUGGUCUGUUGAUCCGGAGUACAGGGAAGUCAAGAGCGCAUUCUCCAGGCCCGCCACAAAGUCGGUGACAUUCAGCAAGCAGCUUCGGGAGGAACUCCCUGUGCCCCCUCGGGAGUCAGGCUUUCGAGAAUACAGAGUGGUUCCGCAUCUUCCACGUAGACGUAGCAAUGAUGGUAGGACGGUGAAACUGGACCUGCCUGACGAACCCAUCGAGACACCGCUUUGCGACUUCAGCCCAACAACAAACAGUGUGGCGGCAGAGGUUCCCUGGGCAGACAGACAGCCCAUGCAGGAUGCCUCCACGCUCACGAGUCCUCCAGACUAUGAAGACAUAUGCCAGACUUUGCGUCACUCUCGGGAUUCAAAUGAUCCCAAUGACCCAGCGGCUCCUCAAGAUAUCGAUUCAGAGGAGGAUUGUCCCAUUUGCAAAAGAGAGCUUGAGAACCAGAUGAGACAGGGCCCACUGCCUCCUCUACAUGAGGAGAACAGCUCAGAUAGCUCAGUCAAUCCAAAUGGAAGUCCAAUGCAGCGUGCUGCAGUUCAAAGUCCAGGUGAGGAUGCGAAGAAUCAGGAAACGCCGAACUCAAGUCUCAGUCAAGUAGGGUCCAAUGUGAGUACUGAUACAAGGAAAAAAGAUACAUCAACGCAAGACGGUUUAGGUGAAGUUGAAGAAACAGUUAAUGGUUCCAGAGAUGAGUCAGUCGACUCAAAUGAACUGAAUGAAAGUGAGGUGGUGGAGUCAGCAAGGGAAGAAGCCACUGAGGGUGAAACGGUAGGAAUUACCAAGGAUGACGCUCCACAAGUGCAAGAGAUACAAACUGACGCAGCGUCAGAAAACAAGCAGGAGCAAGAGAGGAAAUCAUUCGCUCUCGCGGAACAGAGACUUGUCCUGUGGACUCACCCGGGUCGAGACCAUCCUGGGUUGCCGGAGUUCCCUCCCGAGAGACUCCCACUUUCAGUUGUGCCCAAGCUCAACCGCAGGUUGUCUCUCAGCUUAGAGGGGGAGCGACAGGGUGGUGCUGCCCCUGAUCGAAUUGAAGCUCUGCAGAAUAAGCUAGCCAUCUCUCCAGGCCGGGUAGCCGUGGAGCGCUUGGGCCGGAUGCGAGAAGUGGAUGUUAUGUAUCGCAUGAGACGCCUAAGCAUCAGGAGCACAGACUCUGGGGAGGGGGACGGGGAUGGCAAGGAUUCUCAAGAACCCUCCAGUGCCACUUCGCAAACAGGCAGGGAGAACAAAGAUGAAGAGGUGACUGGAUCCCGCCAGGUCUCAGAAGAAUCUGUGAAGCACGGUGACACGUCUACUUUCAGAACGCUGUGACAGCCGGAGACAGUGGUGACGGCGUGGGGAAAAAUGCUGUGUCCAUCAUGUCCCCAUCUUGAGGUUUUAGCGCUCCACACAACACUGUGAACUGGCUGCCUAACUUAGAAUGCCUUCAUCUUCAUCUCUUGACACUGAAAUGGCCUUCUUGUCCGACGAGAGCAUUGUGUACACACCCUCACCCUCGGCUUGACUUCUAAGAGUGCUGUUCCACUGCCAAAAGGGAGGUGCCCCCAAACCCUGCCUGACCCAGCCUACCCACAAUUAAUGACUCCUUAACCCCCCAGUCCUCUCCCAAUGCUUUUCUCAUUGGCAGACAUUAUGCAACUCAUCCAUGCAUACGACGACAGCGAAUACACUCGAGAAUCUGCGCAUUAUGAAUGUAAGCAUUAAUUUAAGGGUUUUGCUAUUAUUUGCUGUACCAAAAUAUAGUUGCGAAUGCGGCGGCCACGUUUGGCUCGAGAACUGUUUUUGAUUUCCCGACGUAGCUCGGCCUUUAUUUUACUCGGCAACAUUGUGCUCUUUCCCAACCAACAACCCCUCUGCCCCCCAGUUGCUAAGCUAAUCACAUGAUCGCCCGUUCAGUCCACGGCGCAGCGGUUGCCUUGCUUCAGGUGAGGUCCGACCGAAUCCGUGCUGCUCCCGCCGUUCUUUUACCUUCAGGAAGCAAUAAAGUUUGACAGCAACUCUAUCACAACUCGGACAAAAUAUGGAUUACACAUUUUAAAAAAAGGAAGCACGAUAGAGCAAUAUUGUUGUACAAAUAAGCUGAGCGGUGUCAUGGAGCUACCUGUCGGAAGCGUCGUCUUUAAUGUGUCAUGUGAUCAUUCUACAGGGACAUGGUGUCAGGGUAUUUGGGCUGCUGCUUUACGUCAUAUAGAUUUACGUACAGUGCUUGACAGUUUGAUUAGACCACCACUACUAUAUUGGGUGAUAGUUUUGGAGUUGAUUUAUGUAUUACAUUACCGUGCUUUACGGUAAUUCGUAAAACCUUGCUUCCAUAUUCCUACCACACCCAACUAUGAAAACUCAAAGUCACUCAGAUUUAGUUCAGGUUAACAUUUUCCAUUUAUUGAGUUUGCUAUGACUCAUUCAAAUUUUUGGAGUGAUCAGACAAGUUGUAUUCUUUAAAAAAAACACAAAAAAACAACAACUGGAUUUUGCAUACACACACUUAAAAUGGAGGCUUCAAACCAAAAUGGCAGCAUGUUUAAAGUCAUGGCUUUUUGAGACUGGUCUACUCAUGAGGUUCACGGUAUUUCACUACAUGUUGCUAAGGUAAACUAGCUUGUCCAGUUCUACCAAACAUGAAACACCUGCUCUAAAACAAAAGGGCAGACUUUCUUUUGAGGCGUGGCUUCAUAACACUUUGCUGACAAAAUUUCAUGCUAAAGAAAACUGGUUUCAGGGUCUGAAUUUUCCAAAUAUUCCAGGGAAACAAAUUAUUUUUAGUCAUGACGAAUGCUAGUAAAUUUGGUGGUGGUCUAAUACUUUUGUUAAGCCUUGUACAGUGGGGCAAAUAAGUAUUUAGUCAACCACCAAUUGUGCAUGUUCUCCUACUUGAAAAGAUUAGAGAGGCCUGUAAUUGUCAACAUGGGUAAACCUCAACCAUGAGAGACAGAAUGUGAAAAAAAAAACACAAAAUCACAUUGUUUGAUUUUUAAAGAAUUUAUUUUUAAAUUAGAGUGGAAAAUAAGUAUUUGGUCACCUAUAAACAAGCAAGAUUUCUGGCUGUUAAAGAGAUCUAACUUCUUCUGACGAGGUCUAACGAGUUCUAACGAGGCUCCACUCGUUACCUGUAUUAAUGGCACCUGGUUUAACUCAUUAUCGGUAUAAAAGACACCUGUCCACAAUCUCAGUCAGUCACACUCCAAACUCUACUAUGACCAAGACCAAAGAGCUGUCGAAGGCCACCAGAGACAAAACUGUAAACCUUCACCAGGCUGGGAAGACUGAAUCUGCAAUAGGUAAAACGCUUGGUGUAAAGAACUCAAGUGUGGGAGCAAUUAUUAGAAAAUGUAAGACAUACAAGACCACCGAUAGUCUACUUCGAUCUGGGGGCUCCAUGCAAGAUCUCACCCCGUGGCGUCAAAAUGAUAACAAGAAUGGUGAGCAAAAAUCCCAGAAUCACUCGGGGGGACCUAGUGAAUGACCUACAGAGAGCUUGGAUCACAGUAACAAAGGCUACUAUCAGUAACACAAUGUGCCGCCAGGGACUCAAAUCUUGCACUGCCAGACGUGUCCCCCUGCUGAAGCCAGUACACGUCCAUGCCCGUCUGCGGUUCGCUAGAGAGCAUUUGGAUGAUCCAGAAGAGGACUGGGAGAAUAUGUUAUGGUCAGAUGAAACCAAAAUUGAACUUUUUGGUAGAAACACGGGUUCUCGUGUUUGGAGGAAAAAGAAUACUGAAUUGCACCAUACCCACUGUGAAGCAUUGGGGUGGAAACAUCAUGCUUUGUGGCUGUUUUUCUGCAAAGGGACCAGGACGACUGAUCUGUGUAGAGGAAAGAAUGAAUAGGGCCAUGUAUCGAGAGAUUUUGUGUAAAAAUCUCCUUCCAUCAGCAAGGGCACUGAAGAUGAGACGUGGCUGGGUCUUUCAGCAUGACAAUGAUCCCAAACACACAGCCAGGGCAACAAAGGAGUGACUUCAUAAGAAGCAUUUCAAGGUCCUGGAGUGGCCUAGCCAGUCUCCAGAUCUCAACCCCAUAGAAAAGUCCGUGUUGCCCAAUGACAGCCCCAAAGCAUCACUGCUCUAGAGGAGAUCUGCAUGGAGGAAUGCGCCAAAAUGCCAGCAAGAGUGUGUGAAAAGCUUGGGAAGUUACAGAAAACGUUUGGCCUCAGUUAUUGCCAACAAAGGGUACAUAACAAAGUAUUGAGAUGAACUUUUGGUAUUGACAAAAACUUAUUUUCCACCAUGAUGAUUUGCAAAUAAAUUCUUUAACAAUCAAACAAUGUGAUUUUCUGAUUUUUUCCCCCACAUUCUGUCUCUCAUGGUUGAGGUUUACCCAUGUUGACAUUACAGGCCUCUCUAAUAUUUUCAAGUGGGAGAAUUUUCACAAUUAGUGCUUGACUAAAUACUUAUUUGCCCCACUGUAUAUAUUUAUAUACAUUUCAUUGAAUAUUUAUUUUUCCUAUCAUCGCCUUGUUAAUCUGUUUGCGUAAUGUAUAAAAAAAAUAUUUAUAAAGUAUAUUUUAAAAGUUUUAAGAGGCAUUUUGUAUUUUUGCCAUCAAAUUUUAUUUCUCUGCGCGUCUAUAGAGUUUAAUCAUAGAAAGAGCAUCCUUAACGUUUCAGUGCGUUUCAAUGGAAAACUUUGUUUGUCGCGUCGUGUUUCGUGUGUCGCGUUGUCGUCGUCUUGUCUUCCAGCUUGCACUCUUCUGUUGUUGAUCUUCUUUUCCAAACCUCACGUGUGAAUGCUGGGAGACUGGCAUUCACCCCAAAUGUAAAUGUGCGAAAGUAGCCGUCCAAUGAAAUUAAACUUUGGUUGCUUAUUCAAUUACGACUGCCACUCGGCUCUCAGCAUUCACACAUUUCCGGAAAGAGAAGGAGUUCUUUUGUAGUUGUCCUUAAAAGCUACAAUGCAAUGCUAAAGCUAAAACACAUAUGUGUGAGAAUAGCAUAGGGUUUUUCAAUACAUACAGGGUUUUUAGAUAAACUUUUUGAAUAGUGCAUAAUUAAAAAAAAAAAAAAGUUUUUAAAAAUAUAGCAGUGGUUGUAAAAACGUAUUUGAGAAGCAUUUGUGUUUUUGCAUUAGCCAGCGUUGCAUUGUAUCAAAUCAACAACGGAUGCGUCAAAAUUAAUUUGUCAUGAAUCUUCGUAAUUGUUAUGUAGCCUUUUUUACACUUGUAGCAUUUUAGCGGUCGUGUCUCAGCAUUUCUUGUAAAUUUCGACGUCGCCUUACUGAAACAUACGAAGGAAUAUGAGGGCCACAUUGAAAAUGAAAAGAGAUUAGGAUUGUGAUCGCAAUCUUUUGAGAAUAAAGCGGUAUUAAAACAUUAAUAUUUUCUCAAAAUGGACCUUGUUUUAUCUUGAAUAUAGAACAUUUUUCUUCUUAAUUUAAUGGGACUUCAUAUGACUUUUCUAGAAUGUCUAUUAAUUUUUUUUUUUUUUUUUUUAAAGAUUUUAAGACAGCUGUUUUUAAAAAUGCAAAAAAAAAGUUAUCGUAAAAGCUUUGUUCCCAACAUAUGAAACAAUUUUCUUGAGAAUAUGAAUUAAAAAAAAUAUAUAAUACAUUAAUUUUGAUUGGAAACAUUCUCGCACUGCCCCCACAAAUAACACACCGUACUUGGGGGGACAGAGCCUUCUCUGUUGCUGCCCCCUCACUUUGGAACGCACUCCCUAAAACCAUCUGCACCUGUUCUGAUCUUCCCACAUUCAAAAAAUUGUUAAAAACUCACCUUUUUAAACUGGCUUUUAAUUUGUAAUUCUUUUCUCUAUUGUUUUGUACUUCCCGUGUUGUGUGAGCUUUAUUUAUUUUUUUUUUUCCCUCAACUGUGAAGCGCCGUUGAGCACCGGUAAAAGCGCUCUAUAAAUAAAAUGUAUUAUUAUUAUUAUUAUUAUUAUUAAUUUUCCUGAAAUUUUGUGAAUAAUAAAAGGCAUUUUACCCUUAACAGUAUUCUAGGAAGAAAGGACGUAGAUUUGGUCUCAGUAUUUGUAAGGACGAUAUAACAGCAACAGCAGCUAUAGCACAUUUUGCUGUACAUUUGUUCGUUAAUGAAACCAAACAGACUGGGUAAUCUCAGGGCCGACCCAGGCCAUUUGGGGGCCCUAAGCAAAAUAAUGCAAAGGGGCCCUUAUUUUUGGCCCACCAUUUCGUCACAAUGUACUGUGAAACCCAUACAUGCAAUCCAACCCAUACGUCCAUAUUUUGUAUAUUAAUCAGAUUUUGUUGCACUGCAUACUUCAAAUUUCUCACCCCAAAUGACUGUCAGUACUUACAGUAGAUAGCGACAUUUUUCUAAAAGAGGAAAGAAGGACUUUAAGGAAGAACUUUUAUUUUUUUAAGCUUGUAAUCGAGUAUCAAAACUCACAAAAGUGAAAUAAAGCAAACUGUAGUAAACAAAAUAGAAUAUAAAUUAAACCAUUGCCAGAUUGGGGGCCCCCUAGUGGUCAGGGGCCCUAAGCAGCUGCAUAGUCUGCGUAUAGGCUGGGCUGGCCCUGGGUAUUCUUAUGAAUAUGAACCCAAUUAGUUAGGCUAAUGCAAAAUAAAUCUGUAUUGAUUUAUACUAACUUUCAUCGUUCGAUUCAAACCUUUGUUUUCAAAAACUACUGAAGAAACAGUUUGAAAGCUUCGAGAAUAAAUGUCUGGAUUUUAUUAGCAAAUUUUAACUGAUAUAAUAUCUAAUAUCCCUCCUCUUCGAAGGGGGCGAAGGAGGCGCAUGUCGUCAACCUGUAAUUCUGUUGGGGCUGUGGGAGUAUGCGUGUGUGUGUGGGGGGGGGUCAAGUCAUCAGCCAAUCAAACAUGCAUUGGAGGGAAAAAACUGGACCGGCACAUUCAGCAAGUGGAAAGGGGUAAAUGUAAGUCAAAACAUUAUAACAUAUGGGAAGACAAUCUAAAUUACCAUAACUGAACUCAUAAAAUAAUUAGAGUUGGGCAUCAAGCAUUGAUAGGAUCCAGUACUAACAUAGUGGUUCUCUCGGAACCGUUUGAAUAUUUUUAUUUCAAUUCCAAGUUUCGAUGCCAUGACCGCAGACCGGAAUAAAUAGCUGCCGAACAAGUGGCUAAUUUAGCUGAGCACAAAAACGUGUUGCUUCGCUUCACAUAAAUGACAACAAAGUAACAGAAUAAACACACCGAGAUGAUACCAGACCCUCUGUUAAAACGUGAAAACGUACAGAUGUUGUUUUACCAAGGGUUCCCAACGAUGUGUAGUGCAGAGGAGGUGUGUAGCGUCUGUACUAAAGUAACACUGUAUUUUUCGGACUAUAAGUCGCACCUGAGUAUAAGUCGCACCAGCCCAUAAAAAUGCGCAACGAAGAGGGAAAAAAAACAUAUAAGUCGCACUGGAGUAUGAGUAGCAUUUUUGGGGGAAAUUAACUUGAUAAACUCUAACACAUAGAACUGAUAUGUCAUCUUGAAAGGCAAUUUAAAAUAAAAAUACAAUAGAGAGCAACAUGCUGAAAUAGCUACCUUAGAAAUAAAGUAUUGUCUCAAAAACAAACAAUUACUCUCUCACCCCAAAAAAAAAUUCUCUAGAAAAUAUGACAGCAUUUUGCAAUUUUUUCCUCAAAAUUACAUGAGUAAUCUUGAAAAUAGAAAAUUUUAUCCGCUUCAUUCUCAUCAAAGAUGACAUCAAUCCCACAACGCAAUCAUUUUUCUUUUUGAUUGUGGCCCAAAAAUUCCCUGAUUAAAAAACAAGUAUCGCAUCACACUGCAGCCAAAUAUACUGAAUUCUCCAAGUAUACGCAACACUGUUUUCACACGUCAUCUAGCAGUUUUACUAGUCAGCGGUGGUCCUUCCAGCCGGGGGCGCUGUAGCAGAAUUUGAAAAGCGCUCACUGUUUGCGUUUUAUUUUGGAUUUUGCGUAAAACAAGCGGACUCCUAUUUUAAUUUUUUUUUAAAAAGGUACGCAAACUAACCCCGACCAUACAGAAACAGUCCCGGUGAUUGGCAUGUGAGCGCUAACACUUGAACGUCAACAUUAAAAAAGAGUCUCGAUGGACUUUUUUUUGUACAACAGUUUGACGUGCAACAUGAGCAGUGAUUAUGCACACUUGUAAUAUUUUCUAUUUUCAUAAGAGAUUUAAGUGCUUUUUUCUACAUCUUUUUUUCUUCCUUGCAUGGAGUGCAAGCGAGAGGUUCGAGGGUUAAAAAAAUAGUCUUUUCUUUUUCAUAAAGUAUAUUUGCAUUUGGUACUCUCUCGGUGGAUAAAAUACAUUAAAAAAAAAAGAAGAACAACAAAAAAAAAAUGGCGACGACAGGCAAAGCGUGUGUGUUUCGUAGUUUCAUUUACGAGACUAUGCCAAGUAUUUAAAAGCUAUUUUUAGAGUAAAGUCAAAGAAAAAAAGCAAAAGAGAAGUCAUUCAUUGUUUCCUUUAAGACACGCCUUUGAUCUUUGUAUCUAUACAUAUAGCAGGAUAAACCAUAGAGUCAUUUGAUUGUGCUACUGUUGUAUGACACUGCAGUUCCAUUCAGAAAUAAACUCUUUGCAUGAAAAUGCCUCUUUUCUCAUCAAUUGGGCUUUGAUGUCUUUUGGACAUGUGACUAUUUACUUUUGCUCAGACUCCAAUGACAGUGCCAUUGAUGUCAUAUAGCAUUGCCCACUUAGCAGAGUAUAAAAUACGCAAAUAAUGAUCCAAUAAAAUUCUUUUCAAUUU